CUCAACGGUGUCGGUACGUCCUCUUCGCGCCCGUCACCAUGACUACAGCCCCGGCCGUUGGCGCGCGCGGGUAGACCGGAGCGGGGCUGCGGAGGAGAAACAGCGGCGCCAUCGCUCCGCGCUUCCCCAUGUCUCCUGCCUUCAUCUUCUGCUGGACGCCUGGAUCUCUGUCGGGAAUCAUCAUGGUGCAUCACUCCGGGUCCAUACAGUCCUUCAAGCAGCAGAAGGGAAUGCACACCAGCAUCAGUGAGAUCUUGAAGGAGAAAACGCUCAAGUCGUCUCGCCGCAGUUUGCCGUGUUUGGCUCAGAGUCAAACGCAUCCUCAAAACCUCAACCACUUCCUGUCUGUGCCUCUGAGUCCUGAACCCAAAUCAUACACACACAGCAGCAGCGUCAGUGCCUCCUGCACACACAUCACACCUCCGGCCACAGACACUGGUCAGGAUGUCUACACUGAGGAGAGGGAGACGGGAGGGUGUGAGCCUAAAACAGACGAAACUCUCCUCGUCCAGCAGAAGCCGGUGAGCAGAGGGAAACUAGAGGCCCGAACUGACUCCGUAAAGGGGAAAAAUCUAGAAAACCCCUCAGGUCUGAUGUUCAGAGAUGGAAAGAAGCGUAUCGACUAUAUCCUGGUGUAUAAGAAGUCGAGUCCGCAAGUGGAGAAGAGAUGCACGUUUGAGAGGAACCUGCGGGCUGAAGGACUAAUGCUGGAGAAGGAGCCCUCAUUAACCAACAGUGAUAUCAUGUUUGUGAAGAUUCAUGCGCCGUGGGACACGCUGUGUAAAUACGCCGAGCAGAUGAACAUCAGGAUGCCUUUUAGGAAAAAGUGUUACUUCACUGACUGGAAGAAGAAAGCUAUGGGCAGUCGAUUUCAGCUGAGGUUUCGCCAGCUGAAGAGUUGGCUGCCCAGGAACCCGAUGAAGCUGGAUAAAGAGGCUCUUCCAGACCUGGUGGAAACGGACUGUUAUACGGCGCCCUUCAGCAGAGCCAGAAUGCACCAUUUCACCAUCAACAACAGAGAGACGUUUUUCUCCAACUCCACCAGAAGCAGAAUCGUUCAUCAUGUGCUUCAGCGGACUAAAUACGAGGACGGAAAGUCAAAGAUGGGUAUUAAUCGUCUGCUGGGUAACAGCACGUAUGAAGCGGCGUUCCCUCAACACGAGGUAAAGCAGCCAUUCUUCACUGUUAUCUUGUUAGUGUCUUUACUGUUGACAGAGAUCUGAAAACUCUGUAUUGUGUGGUUUCAGGGCUGUUACAAAAGCAGACACCCAGAUUAAACCCACGGCGCUCAGAACCCACAGCACCUUCUGUACGAGAGAUGGGCACGCUGGGGGAUCUGGUACAAAUACCAGCCGCUCGACCUCAUACGACGGUAUUUCGGGGAGAAGAUCGGUCUGUAUUUCGCCUGGUUGGGCUGGUAUACGGGAAUGCUAAUCCCCGCUGCUCUCGUGGGCCUUUUCGUCUUCCUCUAUGGGCUUUUCACCAUGGACUCCAGCCAAGUAAGUAAGGAGAUCUGUGAGGCAAACACCACCGUCAUGUGCCCCAUGUGUGAAGGCAACUGCAGCUCAUGGACACUCAGCGACAGCUGCGUUUAUGCAAAGGUGACCCAUCUUUUUGAUAACGGAGGCACAGUCUUCUUCGCAAUCUUCAUGGCAAUAUGGGCCACGGUUUUCCUUGAGUUCUGGAAGAGGAGGAGAGCUGAACUGACCUACGACUGGGAUUUGAUCGACUGGGAGGAGGAAGAGGAGGAGCUGCGGCCCCAGUUUGAAGCCAAAUACUCGCGGAAGGAGAGAGUAAACCCCAUCUCAGGGAAACCAGAGCCUUUCCAACCCUUCACUGACAAGCUCAGCCGACUCAUGGUGUCUGUUUCCGGCAUCUUCUUCAUGAUCUCGCUGGUUCUGACGGCCGUGUUCGCUGUGGUGGUUUUCCGGCUCAUUGCUAUGGAGAAGUUUGUUUCCUUCCAGUGGGAGUUUGUAAAGAAAAACUGGCAGUUCGCAACUUCAGGCACCGGAGUCUGCAUCAACUUCAUGAUCAUCAUGUCCCUCAAUGUGGUCUAUGAGAAAGUGGCGUAUCUUCUGACUAAUCUAGAGCAUCCACGCACCGAGUCAGAGUGGGAAAACAGCUUCGCCCUCAAGAUGUUCCUCUUCCAGUUCGUCAAUCUCAACAGCUCCACUUUCUACAUCGCCUUCUUCUUAGGCAGGUUUGCUGGCCGGCCGGGUGACUAUAAUAAGCUGUUUAACCGCUGGAGGAUGGAGGAGUGUCAUCCCAGUGGGUGUCUGAUUGACUUAUGUCUGCAAAUGGGAGUGAUCAUGGUGCUGAAACAGAUCUGGAACAACUUCAUGGAGCUGGGCUACCCGCUGCUGCAGAACUGGUGGUCUCGGCGUAAGAUGAAGCGAGCCGGAGAGCAGAGUAACAGUAAAGAAGAGCUCCCGCAGUGGGACAGAGACUGGAACCUGCAGCCUAUGAAUGCACACGGCCUGGUGGACGAGUACCUGGAGAUGGUUCUACAGUUCGGCUUCACUACGAUCUUCGUGGCGGCGUUUCCUCUGGCUCCUCUUCUGGCUCUGCUCAACAACAUCAUCGAGAUUCGAUUAGACGCCUACAAGUUCGUUACGCAGUGGAGGAGACCGAUGCCCGCCCGCGCUACCGACAUCGGGAUCUGGCAUGGUGUCCUGGAGGGAAUUGGAGUUGUGGCUGUCAUAACAAAUGCCUUCGUCAUCGCCAUCACUUCAGAUUACAUCCCUCGCUUCGUCUACGCAAUCAAAUAUGGACCUUGUGUGGACAAGGGUUACCGGCACGAGAAAUGUCUAAGAGGAUACUUGAACAACAGCUUGUCUGUAUUUGAUAUGGGUGAACUGAGAAACGGGAGUUAUGAAAAUCAAUACUGCAGGUAUCGAGAUUACAGAGCGCCUCCAUGGAGUCCUGAACCCUAUGAGUUCACCCUGCAGUUCUGGCAUGUUUUAGCUGCCAGACUAGCCUUCAUCAUUGUCUUCGAGCACCUGGUGUUUGGCAUCAAGACCUUCAUAGCCCACAUGAUUCCAGACAUGCCCAAAGACCUGUGUGAUCGCAUGCGCAGGGAGAAAUACCUGAUGCAGGAGAUGAUGUAUGAGGCAGAACUGGAGCAUCUCCAGAAAGAGCGGAAAAAGAACGGCAAACGUUAUCACCAUGAGUGGCCUUAGUCGUGCCUGUCCAUAAACACACACACACACACACAUAAAUGCCCACUGGAGAACCACAUACACGUCCCACAAAGCACAUUAAUACUUGAGAGUGGCGAACAAAACGUCUUUGCAACAUGCACAACUGCAGCACAUAUGUGAACACAAGACAUUCAUGUACAACCGUUCUGCUGCCUUGGACGGCUUUGCUUUAUUGACUCCAUGCAUGGGCUGCCCACUUCAGAUUUUCAUUGCUGUGAUAAACCAGGGAGUGGAUAUAGUGUUUGAGGUCGAGAGCUGAUCUCCAGGCGCGCCUUUAGAACCAAGAGUUGGCAGCUGUACUCUGCACCAAAGAGGAUUUUCCCGGUCACAUGACGCCUGCCUAAGACCUCCAGUAAUUCAAUAUUUCUAUCCUGUCGAGGAUGUUUGUACAUUAAAACAAUCUACACAACAACAACAGAACAGUCUGGUAAAAUUUGAACUUGGAAAAAGAAAAUAGUAUAGAUGUGUACACUAAUCUUUUUUGAGAGCCACCAGUACCGUUUUCUCCAGGUUUGGAUGAUCUUUUGUUGACUUUUGAGGUGGUUUGCCUGAUUAAAAAUGUUGAGAACCGCCACACUUCAGAUAAAUCUGAUAGGACAUUUUAUGGAUCAAAUCCUCUGAGUUCCCUUUGGAAAGAGUUGGAUAAGUUUGGGAUCAAGUGAAAAUGCAACUAAUUUUGAAAAGCACGACUGUCGUCCUAAGAAAAGCUGCACGUUGAUAAAGUUAGCUACUAGUGUAAUGGAGGCUGACUGGAAUAAGACUCCCUGAACCCUGGAAGAGGCGACAACAGUGGUAACUGAGCGAGAAGAUGCUGUGUUUAGCAUCCCUUGUGUUUCAAUUCAAACCCCAACUGAAGCAUCCUGCAAGAAAGCAGAAGUGGUGCCGUGACCCGAAUGGAAGUCUAUAUUGGGAAUGGUGGUAGGUCAACUGAUGCAGGUAAAGGAAAACACACCAACUUUACAUCGAUUAACUAGCGGCAACAAAAUGGACUGUAGUCCUGCCUUGCAUUACAUGCAUCUGGGUCAAAAAUUUGUUUGAAUACUUUAAAGACUCAUUACAUUAAAAACAGGCUACAAAAGGAAUUCAGUACAACUGGGCCCACCUUGCCUUCCCAAAUCUCAACAAAUGUCUGUACCAGAGUCUACUCUGCAGCAAGGUCAGUUUCACUUUCCCAAACCCUCCCUCAACUCUGAAAUCAAUGCAUUAGAUUGUUCAUCUCCAGUGUGUACGUGGAAAAUAAGGUUUAUUGCGCAUCUUUCCCAGCAUGGCUUGCAGUGGCGCUGCUCUUUCAUCCAUAUAGUUCAUCCUGCAGUUCUGAACUGAGUAUCAUACGGUUGGAUUGUUUACUAUGCAGAUGAAGGGCUUUCGAAGUUCCUGUUUUCUGCUUGUGGUCUCUGUCCGGCAGCUACACCAUCAUCCGCUGUGAAGCACUUCUCUACCUGCUGUCAGCCAACGUUUACUUGCAAACGCAUUUACCGAUACGCCCUCUCUCUUCGCUUGCCAGCAUCUCACCUUGUGAUUGUUGCUACAAAAGAGGUUUCUGGUAACAAUUACCAAAUGAAAAUCAGUUCGUUUAUGCAAAUGAACCGUUUUUAUGUACUACGUCGCCUUGAAAAGAUAUGCAGAAUUGUCUUGAAAUACAAUAAGUCCAUUUUAUCAACAUGCAGUAAAAAGAAAUGGCCAACUUUGGCAGAAUAAUAGUCAUAUGCAUGCUUUUCGUUUGCAUGCGGAUAAUUAGAUUUGUAUUAUUUUAUAAAAGACUGUCAUUGACUAUGGUUUUCUAGUGUGUGUGUGUACGUGCACAGAAUUUGAGGUAUGGUUGUAUCAGCGUUUCAAUGCCUGCGUUUGUUGCUUGGCUGUAAUCUAUUUUGUGUGCUUGUUGUGGUCCAAUCAGUCCUUACACUCGCCCACCUGAGCGCAAGGCAGUGCCUAUUUUAGGAACAGCAUACUAGCCCAUCUUCCUUCCAGUAUAUAGUAUGUAUAUUGUGAAUAUCCUGAUCAGAGAUGUGACUAGGGAUUCUUGGUCCCAUGCACAGGAUUUUUUUGGGAGUUGGCUGUUGGUCCAAAUAUGGUCAAGUACAGUAAGAUUUCAAACAGCAGAGCCAAUAUUAAAUGCAUAGUUCUAAAAUGAACCUUCAGUUAUUAAUUACUUACCUUCAUGGCGUUCCAAACCAAACUGUGAGGCUUAGUGGUCACCUCACAGCUAGAAGGUCGCUGGAUCAAGCCCCGACUGGGUCAGUUGGCAUUUAUGUGGGGAGUUUGCAUGAACCCAUAGACCCCAACUCAUCACUUACUGACCAUUACAACACCCCCCCCCCUCUCUUGACUUACCAAUUUCUCCAACUCCCUGCUCUUCACUUAACAAUCACUCCCCUUCUACCCCCCCACCCUCGCUCUUCUCUUACAGAUCGUUUCUCCCUACUCCCCUAUUGCCCCCACCAGCAACCCUACUACCCCCACUACCCCUCCCUUUUUGCCACUUGCGGAUCAUUACACCACAACACAUAAACCACCCACUUGUCACUUACUGAUCACUACCACCCACCCCCCGCCCCCUUCUUACCUUCUUACCUUACCGAUUUCUCCAGCUCCCCGCUCUUACCAAUCACUCCCCUUCCACCUCCCCGCUGCCCCCGCCCCCUGCUCCUCAGUUACCAAUCACUACCCCCACCUCCCUGCUCUUAUCAGUCGCUACACCUCCCCAACCCCUUUCUUUACUUACCGAUUACUCCUGACCCCCAAAUCCCCCCUUCCCUGAUGUUUCAAGUGCGUCCCUGUUGUCGAGUAAGAUCAACAAUGAUUUCUCAACUUAAAUGUAGUGUAAUGAGGUCAUGCGACUAUGAAGCUUUCUACUGUUUCAUACAUCAUUACAUAAUAGUGUGUCCUCAACAUUGAGUGAAGUAAAACUGGGCUCACGCUAAACACGCAAUAAACUCGAGGUUACUCACGGGAUGCUUUUCCACUCGGGCAAAUUUUUUGCGCCAGUUUAAUCCAUUGAAUUUGCGAGGUAGAUUGAGGUGAAUUGUGCAGAUUAGCGGUAAACUCAAUGCGCAUUUAGUGUCGUUCACACCAUAUGACCAUAGUUUCCCUCUAUUUACACAUUUGCAUCGACUUUGUAUGUAAUGUAAUGGCGCAAAUCCAUGUUGAAGUAUAAGUGUUCAGUAAGUCUCCUUUUUCGAACAUGAUCACUGCAUAUGCCCUCCUCAGGCCCUUUGAGUGUUUGCAGAUGAGAUCUUUGUAUCAUAUUUUCUUAGCUUGAAUCAAGUGUUGCUUUUUUAAGUAUAUAUUUUUUCACUCUCCAUUUGCAUGGGUACCAGCCCCGUAUGGGUAUAGGUAGUACGCACUAGGAAAAAGAUGCUUAGAUGGUUCUCCCACUUCAUAGAUUCUCCACUCGCGCUGAAUAAGAGUCAAAUUAAUGUUUAAUUUCAUGGAAGCACUUUAGGAGAGUCAUUUAUUACAUUACCUCGAUUUAGGAAAAAUGUUUAAAAUGUAAAGGGUAGUUUAAUAGGAUAGCUGCAAUCCAUAAAGUUGGUCUAGGUCGCGGACGGCAGGGAAUAAACAAGCUAAAUAUCGGUACUGUUUUGGGUCGCUGGAAUCCAAACCAGAGUAACCACUGUAUUAGAAAUGAAAGUUUGCUGUAAUGCUUUGUGUUGUAUGGACGCCACUGGCGGUUGGUCAGUAAAUUGAACAUGUGAUUCUGAUCUGAAAGAGGAAGAAGUUUGUACUAUGAAACAACUGUAAUCUAUGCAUGACCUCAUUCAUGAGUCCCGCACAUCCAGGACUCUUGACAAACCUUUGUGUAUGUGUGCACUUUUUACUGUGAAGUGUGCAUGGCCUAUAUCUGCUUAAACCAGAGAAGACUGACCUGAGAUCAGUACAUGUUGUAGUGGUGAAUGAUCAGUUGUGGUCAUCUCAUUGACAUUAAUCUAUAGGUUAUUGGAUGGCAAAUGUUCU